GUCCGAGGGAGAGAGCGAGGGUGGACACCAGCUUCUCCCGGCCUUCGUUUCACCUCAGGCGCCCCCGGGGCUAGUUACCGGAGGUACCCGAGGGAGGACUGCGAGCGCAGGGGCAGCGCCGGGAACUGGAACCGAGGCCGAGCGGACCCGAAUCGACCCACUGCGGGCCGAUCUCUGUGCUUGCCCGGAGUGGGCCUGGGAGCCAUGGCUUCCCCUUACCCAGCCCAGGGGGCCACGACUGGCGACAGCGGCGGAGAGCUGAGCUCCGGGGACGAGUCUGGGGACGUGGGGGAUUCCCCUCCAGGCCCCGAGGGUGAGGCCCCUAAAAGCCUGGUGGAGCUCUUUGAGAAGGCGGCGGCUCACCUGCAGGGCCUGGUCCAGGUGGCCAGCAGGGAGCAGCUCCUGUACCUGUACGCCAGGUACAAGCAGGUCAAAGUUGGGAAUUGUAAUACACCUAAACCAAGCUUCUUUGAUUUUGAGGGGAAGCAAAAAUGGGAAGCAUGGAAGGCUCUUGGAGAUUCAAAUCCUAGCCAAGCAAUGCAGGAAUAUAUUGCAGUGGUUAAAAAAUUGGAUCCAAAUUGGAAUCCUCAGAUGCCAGAAAAGAAGGGGAAAGAAGUAAAUGCUGGGUUUGGUGGACCAGUUGUUAGUUCUUUGUAUCAAGAAGAAACUAUCAGAGAAGAAGACAAAAACAUAUUUGAUUACUGCAGAGAAAACAACAUUGACCACAUAACCAAAGCCAUCAGAUCAAAAAAAGUGGAUGUAAAUAUGAAGGAUGAAGAGGGCAGGGCUCUACUCCAUUGGGCAUGUGAUCGAGGACAUAAGGAGCUAGUAACAGUCCUGCUGCAAUAUACAGCUGACAUUAACUGUCAGGACAAUGAAGGCCAGACAGCCCUACAUUAUGCCUCUGCCUGUGAGUUCUUAGACAUUGUGGAACUGCUGCUGAAAUGUGGAGCUGACCCCACCCUACGGGACCAGGAGGGCUGUCUGCCUGAGGAGGUGACAGGCUGUAAAGCUGUCUCUUUAGUACUGCAGCAACACACAGCUGGCAAAGCUUAACUCCAAAGCUGGGAAGCUGCAGCCUUUACUAGCCCAGGGCUUCAAUAAUGAAAGAA